GUUCACACCCGCACACGCUCUUCUCACGUCAUUGCCUCACAUUUCCCGCACGCGCCGCUAAUGACUUUCUCGUUAAUUGCUGUCCGCCGCCCCGGUGUACGGUGCACCGGGGUCCGUUAUUUGCAUCUGGUCCGUCGUGGGCGCCGGUGGGGAAAUGGUAAUGGAGGAGGGACGUCCGGGCCCCUCAAAACCCGCCGGUGACAGGCGGCCCCAGCAGCGGGAGAAGAAGGAGAAGAAGCAGGACAAGCAACAGCCCUGCGAGGGUUUCAGUAUUAAAGCCAUGAUGAAAAACAGCGUGGUAAGAGGGCCCCCACCUGCAGGAUCAGUAAAACAAAGACCAGCAAAACACACAGCUUUUCGCAAGUUUUAUGAGAGAGGAGACUUUCCAAUUGCUGUUCAGCAUGAGUGUGCAGGAAACAAAAUCGCCUGGAAGGUAGAGAUUGAAGAUCUGGACUAUCAUUACUUUCUGCCUUUGUUCUUUGAUGGGCUUUGUGAAACGGAAUUUCCAUAUGAGUUUUUUGCUCGUCAAGGAGUCCAUGACCUGCUGGAGCAUGGUGGAAGCAAGAUUCUUCCUGUUGUUCCUCAGCUCAUUAUCCCAAUAAAAAAUGCACUGAACCUUCGUAACCGACAGGUCCUCUGCACCACACUGAAAGUCAUCCAGCACCUGGUGGUGUCAGCUGAAAUGGUGGGGGAGGCCUUGGUGCCCUAUUAUCGGCAAAUUCUCCCAGUCCUAAACAUCUUUAAGCACAUGAAUGUUAAUUUAGGUGAUGGGAUAGAAUACAGCCAGCAGAAGCGUGAAAAUAUUGGAGUUCUCAUCCAAGAGACACUGGAACUCCUUGAACGCUACGGUGGAGAAAAUGCUUAUAUAAACAUUAAAUACAUGAUUCCCACUUAUUGGUCGUGCAUGUAAACUGAGUUAUAUUAAAUGGGAUGAUUCCAUCUGUGCUCUGAAAAAACUAUCUGACUCUGUAUGGCAUCUUGUUAGUCAUGCUUUAUCUUCUCUACAGCUGCUAAAAUAGUGGCUUCUGGGGCAUUGGAGUAUUAGCACUAUUGUGAACAAGGCUUUCCAAUACAUAAAUAGUGUCUGUUCCUUUGAUUACAAUGGUGUACUGUGCUUGUUUGUUCCCUGAAAGAAUCACUCCUUUAUAACAGAGCUGACUCGAACAGGAAUCUGAGUUAAACCUUCACUUGUGUAGACAAUAAAACUAUAAUUUUCAUAUGCG